AUGGCGAAGCUGGAGGCGGCUCUGGGGGCGGGGCCAGUGCUGGGUCGGGGCCGGGCGGGCCCGCAGCGGAGCAGAACGAUGGCUCCAGCGCUGGGUCUGGGGCUGCUCUUGGGCCUCCUGGGGCUGCUCUGGGACCCGGGGGGCGCGACAAGAGUUCUCCACUCCCUGCGUAACCUGCACGUGGCCGUGUCAGAGCCCAGCCCGGGGAUCCCCCAAUUCAUGGCCAUGGGAUACCUGGAUGGGAUCCCCUUCCUGCGCUGUGACAGCGAGCGGGGCCGGGCGGUGCCACUGACACAGUGGAUGGAGGAUGGAGCCGAGCCGGGAUAUUGGGAUGGCCAGACUCAGAUUUGUGUGAGGAACCAGCACAUGGAUGCCUGGAACCUGGAGACACUGCGGGACCGGUACAACCAGAGCAGGGGUGAGUGCAGGGACCUGUGGGGCUGGG